GCACGUCAUCUGGUCACACUGCCCGGUCAGGUGCCAGUUGCCCAUCUCUAAUUAAUAAAAGAAGAAAAGCGAAAACUUAUAGAGAAAAAUAAAUACAUGUCUACUACCGCCAAGGUGUUCGUCGGGAGCCUGCCGCGCUGCAAGCCGGACGAACUGCGUCGCCUGUUCUCCAAUUACGGAUCGGUGGUGGAAUGCGACGUGAUGAACCGCUGCGCCUUCGUCCACUUGGAAAACACGGACAUGGCGGAUGCGGCCAUAGCCGCCUUGAAUGGCACCGUCUUCAAGGGCCAGCCCAUAGUGGUGGAGGCGGGCAGACCAAAAUAUGGCCCUGGUGUUGGUAGCCGCGGAGCCCCCGGUUCUGGUGACAAUCCAGGACGCAGAGCGUCAGAGGGUCAAAGUGGCACCACCGAUAAGAGACUGGAAUCUGGUAACAACUUCAAGCGCAACUUCCGCGAAGAAGCCGGAGGCAGAUAUUCCAACGAAGGCGGAGGCCCUCGGGGUUCCAAUUCCAGCCCCAACAAAUUCGGACCCGUUAGGAACGAGUCCAGCUACAGGCAACAGCGCAGUGCUCCUUACGCCAAGGGCCCACCACACAACAACGAGGCUUCCACUCAGGGUCAGGGAUUUAGGAACAAAUUUGCAGCCGCAGGCAAGUUCGGCGGAAACGAGGGCAACGGAGGACGCUUUAGCAACAAUCGGUUUCAGCAGCGGGACAACAAUGGACCACAGGCUGGGAGGAGGAACUUUAAGAACAGUCCAACCAGCGGAUUUGGAGGAGGAAGCAGUAGUGACUUCCAUGGUGGCAGCUUAGGCGGCGGAGGAGGAGGAUCCAUGAAUCAGAGGGGCGGAGGAGGAGGCCCUGGAGCUGGAGCUGCCAACCAUGUGCGGCAGGAUCGACGUGGCUUUGCCCUGCCAGUGGAGCAUCAGCAGCAGCAAAUGGGCUUUGGACGCUUUGGGAAUGGACCCAUGAAUUCGGGCAAUAGGGGAGCCAAUGGAGGAAAUCCACAAGGGGGACGUGGUUUCUUUAAUGGAGGUGCAGGCUUUAAUGCCAGACGUGACAGCAGCCACGAAUCCAACAGCCAACCAGGAGGUGGAGGAGGUUCAAAUAAACGUGGAGGGGUAGGAGGUAAAAAUCACAAUCAGAAUGGAAUGAAUGCAUAUCACUCGGAGUUUCCACCUUUGGGCAGCGGAGGCGGAGCGCCAAGCCAAAGAAACCGCUUCAGCGGGCCUAGACCCGGACCAAAUAUGGGCGGUAAUAGAAGAUUUUAAGCAAGUGCAACGCCACAAUGAUGUUUGCCAGUCCUCGUGUACUCCAAUUAAUAAUGUAAUAGCCGAAUUUUGUUUUCCAUUGUUUCGCGCGAAGAAUCUUUUAGUUAAGCCGACGUUUUUUUUUUAAUUUGUCCUAUAGCCGUGUAGUCUUAAGACCAACAUCAAACAGUAUAUUUGUUAUUCGUAGUUAAGAUUGUUUCAAUAUUUAUGCAAUACUUAAAUAAUCAUAUUACUUGUGUGCAACUAGA